AUGCCCGCAACGAACGAGUCGCGACCUGUACCCGCUCACUUCGAGGAGGAACUUCUCAACAAGCACCUCGAGUACACUUACGACAACGGGUGGAAGUACGAAUUCUGGGUCCCGAAUCACGAACGAAUCGUCUAUGCGAUCCAUGGCGGCCCCAUGUCGGGCAGGAGCAACUACCAGACCGCCUACUACCAACGCAUCCGCCCCGACCUCUGGCAAAUCAGCUGGCUCGAGGAGACCGGCACAGUCGUGAGCAUGGCGCUGGACUUGACCGCAAAGCGCGUGACGACGUUCAUGUCGUUCUCGUGGGGCCACUGGAACCGCGCUGAGGAGGCGCAUGGGUACAAGAGGGACAAGUUGGAGAAGUGGAGGGAGUUGGCGGUGGACAAGCCUGAGCCGAGGCAGCGAUACCAGCUGCCGGAGCAGGCAACGAUCGACAAGAUCUACGAGGGCAAGGGCAGCCUGCAGGACAUCGAGAUGGACUGGCCGACUGUGCCUGUAGAAGCUGCCCGCAAGUCCUGA